AUGUCGGAGCUUAGCUUUCCUGCGUCCUCGGCAGCCAUGCUUGAGCCGAGGCUGCCGCCAUCGACAACAAAUGAAGCGUUAUUACGACCUUUUGUGACUCUCACUUUCGCUACUUCGUUGGAUUCAUCGCUCUCCCUGGCACCGGGUGUCCGCACUCGACUCUCUGGACCUGACUCCAAAGCUAUGACGCACUACCUUCGCUCGCGUCAUGAUGCCAUUCUUAUUGGCGUAUCUACUCUUCUGGCAGACUCUCCAGCUCUCAAUUGCCGCAUCAGCGGUGCUACGAGUCAACCACGUCCCAUUAUUAUUGACCCUCAUCUUCGUUGGACUCCUAGUCACACGGAAAAAGUCCUAGAGGUUGCACGUCUCGGGAAUGGCUUGGCCCCUUUUGUUUUGACUGGAAUGGAUACCCAGGAUAUACCUGCCACGAGUCUUUCAAUUCUCGAAGAGCACGGUGGCAAGUACAUCUACGUCCCUACCACACUUGGAUCCAAUGGCCGUAAGCGCUUCGAUUGGCGCGACGUCUUUGACGCAUUACUCCGCGAGGAUCUUUCCAGUGUUAUGGUUGAGGGAGGAGGCCAAAUCAUUAACUCCUUACUUGAUCCUCGGUUUCACAAUGCUAUCGACUCUGUGAUCGUUACUAUUGCACCGACUUGGCUUGGUCAAGGAGGAGUACUGGUUUCUCCAGACCGUCUCCAAGAUUUGACUGGCACUCCUAUCCCUGUGGCGAGACUAUCCAAUGUUUCAUGGCAUCCUUUUGGGGAAGACGUUGUCUUGUGUGGCACUCUGAACAACUAG